AUGAUAAAAGUGGUGAGGAGAAGAGAAGGCUUUACCUUACCAAUCUCGUCUUCAUCACCAUCGCUUCCCGAGUCACUACCUGAUGUUAGAACAGUGGCGCCAUUAGGCUCACAGAAACCAAAACAGCGUUUAUCGAAACAGUUAUCAAUGCGUGAGACACCGCGAGAUGUUGCUUGGGAAAAAAGGCGCCGUCAGAUGUUAAAGGUUCAAGAGAAGAAGCAGAAAGGCGUCUCUGAAAACGAUAACGAUCCGCCGGAUCUAACCGAUGAAGACUUAAGGGAGCUUAAAGGGUCGAUCGAGUUAGGGUUUGGUUUCAAUGAAGAAGCCGGACAGAAGCUGUGCAACACAUUACCAGCAUUAGAUCUUUACUUUGCUGUGAAUAGGCAGCUUUCUCCACUUCCUUCCCCUAGUAGCAGCCGUAGCAGCAAUGGAGGAGAUGGAUCCUUGUCUUCUACGUCUGCUUCCUCAAGCAGCAUACCUUGUAGCCCGAAAACUGACUCGGAUUCCCUAAAGAUCUUAUGCCCAGGGGACAAUCCUCAACAGGUGAAACAAAGAUUAAGGCAUUGGGCACAAGCUGUUGCAUGUUCUGUGAUGCAAUCUCACUAA